AUGGCACCAAUAAUCGACAUAAUCCGCCACGCCGAGUCCUGGGAGGACAAACACCCAGGCACUUGCAGCAUGCGCGGCCCCAGCCUAACCGACGCCGGCGAACAGCAGUGCUACAAGCUCCGCAGGUCCUACCCGCACGCCAACAAAGUGACCCACCUGAUAUCCUCCCCCAUGUGGCGCUGCGUCCGCACCGCCGUCAACGCCUUCGAAAAAGUGCUCAACAACGGCCACAAAGCCAUCCUGCUGGGCGAGCUGCAGGAGACGGGCUGGCACGACUGCGACACGGGCUCGCCCGUCAAGGCGCUGCAGAACGAGUUCACGUGCCGCGUUGACGUCUCGGGGCUCGACAAGCACUGGUGGUGGAAGGUCCAGGGCUCGCAGUGGGAGCCCGACGUCGCGCUCGUGGAGGAGCGCGCGCGGCAGGCGCGCUGGGAGAUCCGGAGGCUGGUGUGCAUGGCGGGCGAUGAUGCGCGGAUUGUGGUUAUUACGUAUGGUAGGUUUGUGCACUUCUUGACGCAGGACUUCUCGGGGUUGUUGCUGGACCGGUUUACGACCUACCCGAACCUUGGGAUGAGGAGCUUUGAGUGUGUUGAUUUGCAUGGGACUCAUGGGGAUGCUGAGCUCGUGGAGACGAAGGAGAGCAACGAAAGCUCGGAUCUGCCUCCGUGGGCUUCUUUAAGCGAGGAGGAGAAGCAGAGGCUCAGAUCGUAUGCCGUCGAGCGUGUCGAGUUGCAGAAGGCUGAUUAG